AUGCUGACUGCGGCCUGGGCGCUGGGCGGCGGGCAGGUGCGCUACUCGGUGCCGGAGGAAGCCAAGGCCGGGACGGUGGUGGGCCGGCUGGCGCAGGACCUGGGCCUGGAGGCGGGCGAGCCGGAGGCGCGUCGGCUGCGGCUGGUGGCGCAGGGCCGGCGGGCGAGCGUGGAGGUGAGCGGGGCGAGCGGGGCGCUGGUGGUGAGCUCGCGGCUGGACCGGGAGGAGCUGUGCGGGAAGAGCGCGCCGUGCGCCCUGCGGCUGGAGGUGCUGGUGGAGCGGCCGCUGCGCGUCUUCCACGUGGAGCUGGAGGUGACCGACAUCAACGACAACGCCCCGCUCUUCCCUGUGAACGAAGAAGCCUUUACAAUCGCGGAAAUGUCGCUGCCGGGUUCUCGGUUGCCGCUGGAGCGCGCAUCGGAUGCAGAUCGCCAGAGCCGGAGCCUGUGCGUGGCGGAGGGCGCGGGCAAGAGCGACCUGAUGGUUUUCAGCCCCAACUUCCCGCCGCCGCCCGGCCCCACGACAGAAAACGGUUCUGCUGGGAAGGGUCUGUCUGUCUCCCCACUUGCUUCAGGCGCGCGGGGUCCCUGCACCUCCGUCGGCGGCUCCGCGCUGGCGACUUGGGCUCGGUCCGAGGAGGAGCUCCGGUCUUCCUCAGUCCGCGGGCAGAUCCUAUUUACUGUGGGGCUGCCGUCAGUGUACGAGCUUUUCACGUGCUUCUUUCCGGGUGGAGAUGAGGGCUGGGGCUGCCGGUGGGUCCGGGGACAGCGGCCACCGCGGAGAGCUCAUCGGUUCCCCUCGGAGGAGAAACCGCAGGGCUGUCGCUCCGUCUCCUCCCCCGAACGGAUUCAGCCCCUUCUGCUGCCUCCCGCUGAAGCGCUGUGUCCUAAUUUAACACGACUGGGCGCCCCUCCGUUCUGGUGGGCGCCCCUGGGAUUCUCCCAAGCCUCGAUACCGAGCGGGACGUAUCCUGCAAACCUCUGCCGAAGGCACCGCUCGGCGUCUGCACCGCCUCUGAUGCGUUGCCCGCGGAAACGGCGCCUUAAAAUCAUCGCUGACGUAGACGAUGAUGUUGAAACACGAGCGGCUCUUCGAGUGGUGCAGCCGUGUGCUCCACAGCCCCGAGCGGCGGCGGCGGGCGCAGCGCGGCGGAGCGGAGGUGCUGCCUCUCCCCGCACGGCAACCGGCGGCGCGGAGGGGAGGCGGGGGGAGGGAGCCGCCGCGGAGCCUUCCGCGCCUGCAGCCAACUUCUCGCCUUGCCGCCGGUGCUCCCCGGUGCCGUUCGCUUCGCGCUGGGAACUUGCGGUGUUUGCUGAAAUUUUGGAUUAUGUUCCUGCUGAGCCGGUCUGCGGGGAGCUGAGCAGGGGAGGAAGAAUGCGGGUCUAUUUAAUGAUCUUCUGUCUUAUUUGCUGCACCGCGAACGGGCAAGUAGUGUAUUCCAUUGCCGAGGAAACAGAGCGUGGAGCAUCUGUUGGGAACAUCGCAAAGGAUCUAGGAAUAGAUGCAGCUACACUUUCAGCUCGGAAAUUUCGCAUGAUCACCGGUUCAAGUAAGCAAUAUUUUAAUAUAAAUGCAAGCACGGGGGCUUUGUCUGUUAACGAGCCCAUAGACAGAGAGCAGCUUUGUGAAUUAAAGUCUGUCUGUCUUCUGAAUUAUGAACUUGUGUUAGAAAACCCUCUAGAGCUUUAUAGGAUGGAAUUUAAAGUCUUGGACAUAAAUGACAACUCCCCCAGCUUUCCCUUAAGUGAAUAUCAUAUAAACGUGCCUGAGUUCCUGUCACCCGGGGCACGGUUUACACUCCCCAACGCCCAAGAUCUUGAUGAAGGUACCAACAGUGUCCAGAAUUAUACUCUGAGUCCUGAUGAGCAUUUCCAUUUGGAAAUGCAGACACGCGGGGACGGGAGUAAAUAUCCUGAAUUGGUGCUGAAGAAAGCCUUAGACAGGGAGCAGCAAGCCACUCACAGACUUGUCCUUACAGCCAAAGAUGGUGGGGAUCCUCCAAUGUCCAGUGAUGUUCCAGUCAUUGUGACUGUGUUGGAUACCAAUGACAAUGCACCAGAAUUUGAGCACUCAGUCUACAGGGCGAGUAUAUUGGAAAACUCCCCCAGUGGCACUUUGGUAGUGCAAGUGCAUGCCACAGACUUGGAUGAAGGUCCAAAUGGAGAGAUCAGGUAUUCAUUUAGCAAUACUACUUCUGCUGAUCUACAGCAAAUGUUCUUUAUUCACCCGCACACUGGGGAGGUGACAGUCAAUGGCGUUUUAGCUGUUCAGAGACCUCUCCUCGAGAUGCUUAUUGAGGCAAGGGAUAACGGGGCAUUUGGCAUGUCCAGCACAGCUAAGCUCCUGGUGGAAAUCACUGAUGUGAACAAUCAUGGCCCAGAGAUAACAAUUACAUCCCUUUCCAGUCCCAUUCCUGAGGAUGCUGUUCCUGGCACAGUGAUAGCUCUGCUGAGUAUUUUGGAUAAGGACCCUGGGGAGAACGGGAAAGUAACCUGCCAGAUCCCUGAUAACCUUCCCUUCCAGUUAAAACCUUCCCUUGAAAACUACUACAGCCUGGUCACCAGCGGACUUUUGGACCGAGAGCUGAUCAGUGGGUACAACAUCACCAUUACUGCCACAGACUUGGGCUCUCCACCCAUCACCACUCAGAAGACCCUUUGGGUGCAGAUUUCUGAUGUGAAUGAUAACCCCCCUGUCUUCAGUGCUGACACAUGUGAUGUGUUUGUGGAGGAGAACAAUCCACUUGGUGCUUUUCUCUACCAGGUCUCAGCCUCUGACCCUGAUAUGGGGGAGAAUGGACGGGUCUCUUACAUGCUCAGGAAUUCCACAGUUGCAGGCAGUACCCUGGCCAGCUUUUUGUCUGUGAGCUUGGCCAACGGGAGCAUCUAUGCAAAACGUGCCUUUGACUUUGAGCAGCUUAGGAGCUUCUAUUUCCAAGUGGAAGCCAAGGACAAUGGGUCACCAGCCUUGAGUGCUGCCAUAACUGUGAAUGUUUACAUCUCAGACCAGAAUGACAAUGCCCCAGCCAUCCUGUAUCCCACCAGCCAGAAUGGCUCAGUAGCUGUGGAAGUUGUGCCCCGCCUGGCUGAUGAGGACUACCUAGUGACGAAAGUGGUGGCAGAUGAUGAGGACAAUGCGCAGAAUGCCUGGCUUUCCUAUCACCUUGCCCACUCCUCCGACUCUACCCUGUUCCGCUUGGCACCACAUUCUGGUGAGCUGCGCACCACGCGCUCCAUGCGCUCCACUGACUUCCUCAAGCACAAGGUGGUUGUGGUGGUGCGGGACCAUGGGGAUCCGCCGCUCUCGUCUACUGUGACAGUGGGCAUCCUGCUGGCUGACACCCUGCCCCAGGCACUACCGGACUUUGAUGACAGCAGGGAGCCACCACCACUGCUCAAUGCUACAAACAUCUACUUGAUUGUUUCCCUUGCCUGUGUCUCCUGUAUCUUUGCAGUGUUCCUCCUCUUUCUUGCCAUUCUGCGUCUGUGCCACUGCCAGACUUGCUGCUGCAGUGGCUGCUGCUGCCCAGCUGAUGAGUAUGAAAAGUAUUGCUAUAGCGUGCACAUGCUUCCCAGCUCCCACCUCCCGCCAGACAUGCUGGAGGUCACUGGUGUGGGUAAACUGACGCAUACCUACUUGUACAGGGCAUCUGUAGGUCUUGGGCCUAGUAACAGCAGCAUCCCAAACGGUGAUGCUGGGAACAUUCCCAGUGGUUCAAGGUUGCAAGUGCCAGGACCCUGCAUCCAAGUGCAGCAGGUCCAAAGUGAUCGGUUGAGUGCUGUCCUCAUGCUUCAGCAGCGAAGCUGGGGCGGAGACGAGGGGCGGUGGCGGUGCGGGAGCCGCACCCCUCCCGGCUCGGCAGCAAGAGCCCGCCGCCACCGGGAGCGAGGGGCCCGGCUCACCGAGGGGCCGCAACACGUGGGUGAGGACGGUGCGGCGGGGCAGGGAGUGCGGGCUCCGGCCGGCAGCGGGCUCCGGCAGGCAGGCGGGCCUCCGGCAGGCAGCGGGGGCGGCUCCCGCCGGCAGCCGUGCCGCUGUUCCCUGCCCAGGUGCUGA